AUGGCGGCGAGAGCGGGGAUUCUGGUCCCGGUGUUGGCAGCGCUGCUGGCAGGAUGGGCUUACCGACCCGUGCUCCGGCCCCCGCCGCCGAGGAUCUGCGGCUCCCCCGGCGGGCCUCCGGUGACCUCCCCCCGCGUCAAGCUCAGCGAUGGCCGCUACCUGGCCUACAGGGAGCGGGGCGUUCCCAGGGAGGCGGCUCGCCACCGGAUCGUCAUCAUCCAUGGCUUCCGGGACUCCAAGGACAUCUCCCUCAACGUCUCUCAGGUUCUCCUCUUUCUCCUCUUCCUCCUCUUCCUCCUUGCGGAACCUGAACGGCAGCUGGAUUUGCGCUGCGCAGGAGCUGAUGCAGGCACGGGGGGUCUACAUCGUCUCCUAUGAUCGAGCGGGGUACGGCGAGAGCGACCCCAACCCCCGCCGCUCGGCGAGGAGCGAUGCCGAGGACAUCCAGCAGCUCGCCGACCAGCUGGGCCUCGGGCGCCGGUUCCUCGUGAUCGGCAUUUCCAUGGGCGGCUACUCCGCCUGGAGCUGCAUCAAGCACAUACCCCACAGGUACAGUUCAACGCUCCCUCUCGUCUUCCUCGUGAGAGUCUGGGUUGCUCGGUCGUUGACUUGCUGGGGUUGUUUAUCGCUGCAGGUUGGCCGGGGUGGCCCUGGUCGUCCCCGCCAUCAACUACUGGUGGCCGUCUCUCCCGGCGGAGCUCAGCAAGGCGGCCUACCGGCGGCUCGACCGCUCCGACCAACGCACGUUCUGGAUCGCCCGCCACGCCCCGUGGCUCCUAUACGGGUACCUGAACCAGAAGCUGGUGACUCCCUCCAAACUGAUCGCCGGGCACCCCGACGUGUACUGCCCUCAGGACAAGGAGAUCCUCCGCGCGCAGGCGGCGAAUCCGCCACCGGCGGAGGUACUAAACAACCCCCUCACUCUCUCCUUUCCUCCCCUCCUCUCUCUCUCUCUCUCUCUCUCUCUCUCGCUAAAGCGCUCUCUCGCAGAACACGGUGGUGACGCAGCAGGGGGAGUACGAGUCUCUCCACCGUGACCUGAUGGUCCUCACCGGCGACUGGGGGUUCGAGCCGGAGAGCCUCCCGGACCCCUUCGCCGGUGGCGAGGGCUCCGUCCAUAUCUGGCACGGCUCCGAGGACAGGCUGGUCCCGGUGGACGUGCAGCGGUACGUCGCCGGGAGGAUCCCCUGGGUCCGCUACCACGAGUCAGCCGGCGGCGGUCAUCUCUUCUUUAAUCUCCGCCACUGUAGCGAGGCCAUCCUCGAGGCGCUCCUCCCCCACCCCGGCGGCGGCGAUGGCGGACCGGAGCAGCCUGCUCCCGGUCCUCCUUCGGGCCCCCUGGACCGAGAGAGAGAGCAGGCGGGGUAG